AUGUCAGAAUAUUUUAGAAAAUACAUUAAAAAAGAAAAUUAUGCUAAUCAUUUGUAAUUUGAUAUCUAAUUCGUAGUACUAAUAUCAAAUAUAAAACUUCAUUUAGAAAUUGCAUCUUGGAAGUAUAAUUGCAUGAAUAAUGAAAGGCAUUUAAGAGGAGGAAUUGGAAAGAGACUGAUGGCGACGAUUGGGACAUUAUGUGGGCUGAGAAGGAAUGGAUUCAUGAAGUUAUGGAUCAUAUUCACUUGUAACCUCAUUAAAAAAUAAAUCAUUUUCGGAAUCAUUAUGAGGUACUUCCCAAUUUUCUAUUUCAAUUAGUUAACUCGAAAAGAUCUCAUGAUUAAGAAUCUCAAAAAGUAGAAAAGAACACUAGAAAAGGAGGGUAAAAUUGAUGAAGCCAACGCGUAAUUUAAGUAAUUUAACGAUGUAGUUAUAAUUUCUUUCCACUGACCUAUCACUUACCAAGUGAAUAUCCCAUCUUCAAUGAAGAAUUCAAAAAGCAAGGCGACAAUAAAACUGCCUGGAUCAUGAAACCAGUACAAUUUUGAUUGAUUAUCUUAAAUAGAUAGGCAAAUCUCAAGGAAGAGGCAUAUUCUUAUUUAACAAAAUAUCGUAGAUAUCCCAAUGGAAAAACCAAGUCAAAUUCAAUCCUGAAAACCCAUCUGCUGAAUCCUAUAUAGUUUAAAGAUACAUAGCUGAUCCUCUCUUGAUUGGAGGCAAGAAGUUUGACACCAGGAUCUACUUGUUGUGUACUUCCUAUUCUCCGUUAACAUUAUACUUAUAUCGUACAGGGUUUGCAAGAUUCACUCAUCACAGAUAUGAUAAUGAAGACAUAACCAACACUUGUAUCAUAAUUAGCAUAAACGUAGAUGUUCAUUUAACCAAUGUGGCCAUUUAAAAGACCUCAGAUAAUUACGAUGAAAAACUAGGAGGCAAGUGGGAUUUAUAAAAAUUGAAACUCUUUCUCAUGACUAAGUAUGGACAGGAUAAGGUUUAGGAAUGCUUUUACAAUGUUCAAUAGUUGAUGAUCAAGUCAUUAUUGGCAGUUCAAAAGAUCAUAAUAAAUGAUAAGCAUUGUUUUGAACUCUAUGGAUUUGAUAUCUUGUUUGAUUCUCAAUUAAAACCUUGGCUUUUGGAAGUGAAUGCAAGGUAUAAAACAAGUCUAUUUACAAAGUCCUUCUAUGACAUCUAACACUCCAAUUGACUUUGAAUUAAAAUGUGGAUUGUUGGAUGAUGUUUUUACAAUUAUUGAUGUUGAAAAAAUAUUAACUGGAAAUGAGGAAUAAAUUGGAGGGUUUGAUUUAAUUUAUAAAGGAGGCCCUAUAAAAAAUAAUUAUAAUUGUUCUUCAAUAUCAUUUCUUGGUACUUUUAAUAAUAGAAAAUUGCAAUUGAAGAAGUUAGCCAAGGCAUGUGGUAAGUAAUUAUGAAUAUUACUCUUAAGCAUUGAAAUUGGCACAUGCAAAUGACGAUAAUCAAGUGAAAAGUUCAGAAGGAACCAAGAAGGAUAAGGAGGAAAAGGAGAAACAAAUGAGGAGUUCUUCAAAGAGUUCUUAAAUUGCAUAAGUAAUAUUUUAUGAAAUUGAUUUACAGAAUUAAAAUAAUCCAAACAAAGUUGCAAUACAAUCAAAAGGAGUGACCAAUAUUAAGAGGAACUCUACUGAUCUACCCAUUUUGAUGAACAAACAAAAUACAAUACGCAAGAUGCCUUUGUAAAAUACUCAACAAAAAUAGAAAAUAUAAAUUUAACAAUAAAAAGGGGAAUACCAAUUUUCUAACUAGAAUAAAGUGUAUGAAGUUUAAUUGAUUAAGUUAGAACAUCAUAGUUAAACAAUUCUUCAUUCAGUCCGAAUGUUAAAAUAGAUAGUGCUUCGAAUCAUCAAAAUCAUUAUUUAGCCAAGGAUAGCUUUCGGACCUUACCCAAAAUAGCAAAGAACGAAUCUUAUAUUUCAGAUGUUUGAUUUAGAAAUUUA